AGGAACCCCGAGAGAGCUAUAAAUGCUCGGGUCCGCCUAACGCAGGUACAUUCCGACGACGCUUGUCUUCGAAGUUAAAUCAACGCAGGAACGCCUGAGCGAACGAAAACACAUCAUUUGCCAGCGACGUCCAAAAAGAUAACUUCAGAUUUGCAUCCAGCGAAGUUUCUGACUCAGUCGAAAAAAAAAAGAUAACCGUCAGUUACGAUGGCUGCGUCGCUGAUCGUAAAAGCUUAUUUGCAGAGGGAAGAGGAAAGUCUGCCUGAGAUCAGGAGAUUUCCUUUGCGAGAUGAACUGGCUCCUGACAAGUUCAAGACCCUACAAGAGAGAAUUGCUGAAGUCUUCCCAAACCUCAGACCCGGGCGUUUCACCAUUCACUGGAAAGAUGAGGAUGGUGAUCUGGUGAAGUUCUGUAGUCAGGACGAGCUUCAGCAAGCGCUGAACAUGGUGAACGACGGUGUGCUGCGUGUAUACAUCAUGGCAGGCGAAGUCGCUGCUGAAGAGACUGCAGAAAUGGCUAAUGUGAGUUCUGAAGAUGUCAGCGAGGAAACACCAGUAAUGAAGCGCAUAAAACAUGGAGGUCGCUUUGCUCAUCCCUUCUAUGGCAGAAUGGGGAUGCACCCGUCCUGGCCUGGUCAUGGAAUGCAUUUCAAGAAGAUGAAAAAAAUGAAGAAAGAAGCCAAACGAAUGAAAAAGGCAUGGGAAAAAAGGGCUUACAUCGAUAAGGUGUUUGACAAGGAGCUCAUGGUUCUGGAGAGACAGGUUCCUCCUGAAUUUCGCAGAUGGGUUUGCCACUUCGUCAAAGUAUGGUUCACUGAUGGGCGCUUGGCAGCUGCACAGUUGGAUGGCAUUCCUCUGAAUGCCCCACCAAACUUCAGAGAAUGGCUGGUCGCCUACCUAGACAAAACUAUGGAGAAGCAGGAGGUUCAAGCAGCAGGAGCCAUGGAGCAAGACAAUGAUUUGCCAGUCCCACCAGAAGGAGUGUUUGCCAGCUACUAUCAGUGGCUGUGUCUUUAUGUGAAGCAGUUUUUGGCACAGAAUUCAUCAGACAGUGAUUCAGGUGAGAGUGAUGACCCUUUUGGCGUAAAGUUCUGGCCCAAAAGAAGCUAUGGCCCUUGGCAUGGGCAUAUACGUCACUUUAGACAUGGCCAUCACUGGAUGAAAGGCAAAUACGGCAAGCAUGGCAAACACGGAUGGAGUGAAUCUGAAUCUGAUGAUGAACAUUUUAAGAAGCGAAAACUCUGGACAAUUUCUCCAGAAAUGCGCAAAUAUGUGCGAGAGCUGAUGAAGAACCUUCACAAGGGAGACAAGGGCAAACAGGCAGCCAAAAGGGAGACGACACCUGAGGGAUUGAACCGAGAGGCUGUCGAGUUCAUUCAACAGUUCAUUGCGGAAUGGCAUGCCAAGCUGACUUCCUUGCCUCCCCGUGAAGUCUCCAUUGGUAUGGCCAAAGAAGAGCGCACGGGUCUUCCAAAAGGGAUCGAAAACAAACACGUGCAGUGGCUGUGCCGAUUUUUGGCACGCUGGCAUCACAGACAUGCUGGAAACUGCGAGGGGAUGGCUGGGUGGUCCAGCAACGACACCUCUGACGACACAAGUGGAAACGAACAGGAAGAUUCCAACGGUGCAGGCUACGGUAUGGGCUAUCCUUUUGGAAGAGGCAGAAAGCAUCACUUCUCAGCCAUGAGACCAUUUCCACCAUUUUGGGGCCAUCAUGGCAUGCACAGGCAUCCACAUCAUGGCAUGCACUUCGGCUUUCCUCCUUCUCCUAUGAUGUUAGGUGGAAUGGCCCCUCACUUCCGUCCUCCUCCUUUCUGGGGACAGAUGUAUCCUGGUCUGGAUGGUGGGUGUCCUUUCCAAGGGAUGCCUGAACCUUUCUGUGGAGGAAGGGAAUACUGUGAGAAAAGAAAACAGGACAAACCACAGACAAGUGCUGAGUCAAAGGUUCCAGGUUCUGGUCAGUCAGCUGGCCAAGUAGAUGAGGUGUCCACAGUAACUGAAGCACUGAGGAAGAUGUAAGGCAGAACUCGACGAAGGCACUGUGCGUGUUCACAAAGGCAAUGCUGCGGACACAAAAAUACAAAUAAAAAAAAUAAAAAUACAAACUCUGAGAUUCUUAAGUUUAUUGGUUAAAAAAACAAAACAAAAAGAUCUUUUUAACAUUUUAAAAGAUCUAUUCAUGUAUUACUUAAAGAAUUUCUUAUUGUUAAGCGAAUGAGCGCUUUUUUUUAUUUGCAAUGGUGUCCAUUUGACUAAAACCUUGUUGUCGAUUAAACAUAUUGUAAUGAAUAUCUUAAAUGAAUAAAGGGCAACAUUGAUGACUUAUUUUAAAAUGUACAGCAUCAUAUUUUAGCUGAUCUGUAAACCCUUGCUUGUUUUGAAAUCCAGGACUGUUUUCUAUUUGACAAUGUAGUUAGUGUUGAAAAAUUUUUCUGUGCACGAGUGGACAAGCAAUUAAUUGUUCGGGAAACAAUACGUGUAUAUAUAAUCUGUCACACGCGAGCUAACAGUUGUAAAUUAAAUGUUAUUUUAUAGAAUUAUAAAUGUAUAUCAACUGAUACACUUAAUGUUUUCUGCUUGUAUGACUUAGCAGGUAUAUGCUAGAUAUUGUUUUAGAUUUGACACUUGUAAACUAGUUAUUUAAAAAAAAUUACGGUUUUGUCACCAUUAUUUCGAAGGUUUGAUUUAAUAAAGUGUGUGUAAAUAAA